AUGAGCUGGAGCUCGGUUCUGCCGGCGGUGGGAAACAUGUCCAAGGCAGGGUUUGGCUAUCAUGACUCUCAGCUGCUGAGCAUUAUCUUGAGUCAGCUUGAGGAAUCCGCCCCGGAGAUCGCCAAGGUCCUUGUGUACUGUCGGCAGGUGCUGCUCCAUCUCUGCGAGAAGUUCGGCAGCCUUCCGGAGGUGUCGAACUGGGACCUCACCCCCUUCCAAACCAUCGAGGACUACCUGACGAUGAUGUCGGAGAGCAAGCUCUCAACCUUCGGACUUCCCGAGCGUGCGACUCGUGUGAUCAAGCUUCUCCGUGCCAUCAUUCGGGGCGAGCACUAUGCGGACCUGGAGGCCACUGUCAGGGAGUUUCCAGAUGCCCCUCUGGCCACCAAGCUGGGGCACAGCCGGACACAUGCCCUGUUCCAGGAUGUCCUGCGAGAGUGGCAGCAUGCUCUGCCGUCGUCGGCAGAGGGGCCACAGAUCGUCCCGCCGAUCCCGGCCGAGAACGAGGACCGGGGCGAGGCCAAGCCGGGCGAUUCUGCGACCUCGGAGGCCGAGGUGAACCGCCUCCGAGGUGUCAAGACCGCCGCGAUGGAGGAGAUCAACCACUACAUCAAGUUCCUCGAGAUUGACAAAGAUGGGUUGGCCGACGGCCCGCUCAUCCACGGCAGGGUGAAGCCGAUCCUGUCCAGCAUGCCCCCUUUGGACCGUGGCCAGAACGUGGCCUUCGUGGUAGACCCGGGGGUGAUGUCCGAGCCCUCGGAAGCGUACACCAGAGCCCACAACGUCUAUUCGAGAACCCCGUCCAUCUUCACACACGUGAUCACCGGCAGCUUGAAGGCUGCUGGGAUGUUUGCCUCGGAGUUGCCAGGGGUAGCCACGUACGGCUGCUUCGACCUGGGCUCAUUCAAGGCCAGCCAGUGCGUCAGGUCGCAACUGAGCAAAGCGAAGCUUGGCCGGCACCAAUCCUGGGACUUGCUGCCACGACAGAGCGACAUGGAGGCUCGCCUGCUCUUCCGUCAUGGAACGGACGAGGAUCAAGAGUCGGCACUAAAGCGGCGAAAAACUUUGGGGGUCGCUGCUGGGCAAUUGACUUACAUCGUGGGCCGUGAAGCCUUCCACUUCUGCCGGAGCCUCAAUCCCAUUGAAGCCAAGCCGCACAAGUACCUGACAAUGCCGGCGGGGUCUGGUGACUCGUCGGCCAGUUGGCUGACAAUUCCGCUGCCUCACCCCUCCACACUGCGACCGUUGGUGACUAAGGCCGAGAAGCAGAAGGCGGUGCUCCUGAAGUAUGACAGCAAGAACCAGAAGAAGGAGGCCAAUGCCAAGGCACUGAACGAUGAGGAGGUUGUGCAGCAUGCAGCAGAGAUCGGUGACGAGGAGCUGCAGCCCUUGAACUACUUGGGCCGGCAUGGCAGCCUGCACAAGGAGCUGUGGCACCUGAUGGAUGUGGGGCGGCUGGUCACCUUCAGCCCGGAGUUCAAUCAGCUUUCUGCAGCCAUGGAGCAGCGACUCUUCACCAUUGCUCUGGUGCGAAGCAGCCUCCACGAGGACCUGCUGAAGAAGGAGUUGGUGGACUGGGUCACUCAGGAGCUUCAGCGGCCGUCGAAUGAGCGGUUCUACCGGUCUCACUUGGCGCCGCCGCAGAGAGACACCGUCGAGGUGGCCCCGAACACCUCGACUGGGAGGGAAGCCCCGGUGACAAAUGCCACCGGCAACCAGGGCGACCGCCAGGAUCACGAGGAGGAUGAAGAUGAUGAAGCGAUCCCUGGCCUGUUGAACAAUCCGGAUGACGAGGAGUUGGAUCCAGAGGAGGAGGUUUCAGAGGAGGUGGGCGAUGCCUAG